UAACACCAGAAGACAAAUAUGCAACUAUCCAUAAUGGAAGGCAUACCGCCGCUGGCUUUACAAACCUCGGAAACACUGACUCAAAGAGCCAGAACUUUAUACGUCUUUCGAAAGUCGCUAUGAGCUAUCCAUAUCAACACACGGAGGAAGAAGACACAACUAUCCCUCAGGAAGGUGAAUCCCCUCAGGCUUUAUAA